ACUAUUGCAACCAGAGCAGCUCGGGCUUCGGCACUCGAGCGUCCCAGAGGCCCCGACGACAGCCGCCACACUCGAAGCUCCGGCCAGUAGGCAGGAGGCAAGAUGGCGGCCCGUUUGUUGGUGCUGCUCGCGGGCUGCCUGCAGGCCGCAGCGGCAGCCCGGACUCCCAUCUGCGGCACGCCCGAAGCGUGGACCGUGGGCGGGCAAGACCCGCUCGCCGAACACAGAGGAAACGUCACACUCGUGGCGCUACUCAAAGCCUCCUGAUCUUUGUGUAGGCAGCAGGCCUCCGGUCUGGAGGCUCUGCUGCAGCGGCUUCGGCCUAACAUGACCGAGCUGCAGUUCCUGGUGGUCAACGACCGCAAGUCGGCGCACUUGCGCGACCACCUGGACCAGCGCGUGUCGUUUGCCGUGCACCAGGAGACCGAGGAGGAGCCAGUGUGGACCACCAUGGACGGUGGCAAGGACGACGUCUUCAUCUUCGACCGCUGUGGCCGGCUUGCCUACUACGUGCCGUUCCCCAUCAGUCUCUUGUUGCCGGGUCACCUGCCCGUGGUCGAGGACUCCUUGCGGCGCGCCUACGACGGUGAGCCAUGCGGGCUCACCUGCGAAGAGCCGACCGAGCGCAAUCCCCGCAACACGAACACCUCGGCUCGGCGGAAUUCUCUAGGCUGGCGCUUGCUGCACAUGUUCGUGGGCGGCGGGCAGGACGACCAGUCGCAGGAGUGCGACGAGCGCAAGCAGACGCAGAUGAGAGUAUGUUGCCACCCGAACAGCCGCACGCAGAGCCCCUACUGCCAGCAAGCGCCCAGCUGUGAAGAGCUCGGGGCCGCCUGUGGUUCCUGAUGACAGUAGAGCCAUCCGUCCGAGUCCUCCGGUCACUGCACGUCCGGGCGGAGUGUCUGACAAGGGCCGUGAUCCCCCAUGAAGACGCUGGGUCAAACCAGGGCGCACUCGCCCAAGGCUCACGUGUCUGAUGUCGUCACUGUGCGAGACGCAGCCCGAGGAGGCUUCACUCGCGACGCGUAGUAAAGGAGGGCCGCGGGUGGCCCCACUCAUGCAC